GUGUGUGUGUGUUUCACCUUGACAGCACAGUACUGGUUGGCUAAACAUGGAGCUCUAUGACUAUUUCUCGAAACUAGCAACGUUUAACUUGGAAGUGUUUCGCUUGUCUCAUGUCUUCGCAGUCGUGUGCAUUAUCUACAUUUCAGCGGUUCUGAUUAAAUGGUCGAUUAAGAGAAAACGGUGGAUGCGUGAUUUAGAGCAGUUUCCUGGACCUCCUGGUCACUGGCUACUCGGGCACGUUACACAGUUUAACCAAGAUGGAACAGAUUUAGACAAGAUACCCAAAUGGGGAGAACAAUAUCCCUACGCGUUCCCAAUGCAGUUUAGCCCAGAUAUUAUCUUUCUGUUUGUCCAUCAUCCAUCUUAUAUCAAGCCCAUUCUAGCAACAACAGGACCAAAGGAUGAUUUUGGAUAUAGAUUUCUCAUCCCUUGGAUAGGAGAAGGUUUACUUGUUACUGCUGGACAGAAAUGGUUUCGUCACAGACGACUCCUCACACCAGGCUUCCAUUAUGAUAUCUUGAAGCCUUAUGUGAAACUAAUGGCAGAUUCAGCCAAUGUUAUGUUGGACAAGUGGGAAGUGUAUGCAAGAACAGAACAGACCUUUGAACUUUUUCAGCAUGUUAGUCUGAUGACAUUGGACAGCAUAAUGAAGUGUGCAUUUAGCUGCCAAAGCAACUGUCAGACAGAGAGCAGGUCCAACCCAUACAUAAAGGCAGUGUAUGAACUGUGCAACCUGGUGAACCUACGAUUUCGUGUCUUUCCAUAUCACAAUAAUAUCAUCUUUCACAUGAGUCCACAUGGCUACAGAUACAGAAGAGCAUGCAAAAUUGCACACACUCAUACAGCGGAAGUCAUAAGACAGAGAAGAGAAAUUUUAAACAACAAUAAGAAGAACAAGGAUGAUGCCCUGGAGAAGAGAUAUUUAGACUUUCUGGAUAUCCUUCUCUGUGCUCGCGAUGAGCAGCAUCAGGGCUUGUCAGAUGAAGCCCUCCGAGCCGAGGUGGACACUUUUAUGUUUGAGGGACACGACACUACUGCCAGUGGCAUCUCAUGGAUCUUCUACAGCAUGGCCUGCAAUCCUGAACAUCAGCAGAAGUGCAGAGAGGAGAUUCAGCAAGUGCUGAUGGGAAAGGACAAUAUUGAAUGGGAGGACCUCAGUAAAAUACCAUACACCACAAUGUGCAUUAAGGAAUCUCUGCGCAUGUAUCCUCCUGUUCCAGAAAUUGGACGAAAGUUGAGCAAACCUAUUACUUUUUUUGAUGGAAGAACUGUUCCUGCAGGUUGUGCUAUUGGAAUCAGUAUUUAUGGAGUUCAUCACAACCCUACAGUUUGGGAGAAUCCAAAGGUGUUUGAUCCGCUGAGAUUUCUGCCAGAAAAUAUGGCUAAGAGAUCACCCCAUGCCUUUGUGCCUUUCUCAGCUGGACCAAGAAACUGCAUUGGCCAGAACUUUGCUUUGAAUGAGCUGAAAGUGGUCGUGGCUAUGACACUGAGGAAGUAUGUUCUCAUCAAAGAUCCAGACCAUACUCCUAAGAUGAUCCCUCGACUAGUGCUCAGAUCUCUCAAUGGUAUACACCUCAAGAUCAAAUUAGUGGAAAAGUGUUUGAUCCGCUGAGAUUUCUGCCAGAAAACACGGCUAA